AUGGCAUUCUCAUCAAAUAACAUUUUUGAGCUAACAAGUCAAAUGUUAGAGAAUGGAACAAGGUGAGGUGCUGGUUUAACCUCUCUAGACCAGGGUAUACUACUCUAAACCAAUAAUAAAAUUUUGCAGAUAUUUUCAUCUAAAAACAGUGGUUCAGAUAAGUUGUGAAUUGAGCUGUGGACGCUAUAAUAAUUCACAUGUAAUAGCCACCCAUUAGCCUUCUAACAUUUCAUAUGAAGUGCUGAUUAUGUUUGCAAUUAUAGAAAACGAGUUUAAGGACAUCUGCUUAAUUCUGAGAGAGGAAUAGUUGUGUGGUUUAAUUAAUACAAUACAAUGCAAAUCUUUAUUACGGGCAUAAACCAGCAUAAAAGGGUCAUUUAAAAUCUGAAAAGUGUUUUGGAAAGCUAAAAGGUGUUAAAACAGAAUGUGAAUAUGAAAGUCUAUAAGAAAUUAAAAUAAGCUAAAAGAAGGGAUAGGAUCAUUGGGCGGGUGUGUAAGAGCAUAAAAGGUUGAUAUAUAAAAGACUUUAACUAUUAAUUUACAGAGCGCUCUGAUACGUUCAUUAAAUCUAGUUUGUGGCACAGGUCAUCCUCCGACAAAUUUUGAGCGCUGCUGUGCAGAAUCUAGCAACAUUCUACGUUGUAGCAGGAUUGGUAUCUGAGAGCAGCAGGGAGGUAUAGAAUUGCCCUGUGUGUCCUGGGUACUUAUAAAGUAGUAGUCAGUAUUUAAAAUUAUGCAUUUAGUAUAAUUAUUUGAAAAUUUCUUCUUUAGUGGCUGCUUUAUUCCUGAGAAUCCUUUGUAUAUACGCUGUAAAGAUGAACAAACAAAUGCUGUCAUGUAAGUAAAGACAUAACGUAUGUCUGCCUAGUUUGAUCGGUUGUCUGAACAAUAUUUGUCUUUUUCAUGUUCAUUCCAUUAAACAAAAUUCAGGUCAUCUACAUCCUAUGUCUCUGUUGCAAUCUAGAUCAGAAAAAGCCCAUAUUCUUGCAUUUCCUAUAGGAGAUCUCCAGAGAAAUCUCCAGAGCAGAUUUGGGGGGGUGUAGGAGAGGAAGUGGGAAGGGCAAGAUGGAACAGCCCCACUGCAUUAGUGGAAGCCAUACUGUAGAACUUUGGACCUUGCCCGCUGAUACAUUCUCAGUCAUCAUCAGCAAACUUUCAGAUACUUUAAGCUUUUCAUUUAUGAUUUUCCUUUGAUGAAUACUAUAUAGUUGGAAGAAACCUCCAAAGGUAGCUGGUUCAACUCACUACUGAUGCAGGAAAUCCACUGUUAUAGCAUCCCUGGCUGGGGUCCACCCAUUUGGCUGGCUUUCCUAAAAAUAUUGUUAGAAUAACUUAAUUUAAAACAGAAGUUUACCUCUGGGCUUGUAGAAGAUUGUUCUUAUGGAACAAAUGGAAAUGGUUUGUUAGUUUUUUAGUAAAAAGCUGGCAUAUACUUGUCAGCACAAAACGGAGAGUUUGUGUUGCCAAAAUUACAACCAUAAAUACAUCAGAGACCACAAUGGGCUAAGUUUUGAGUGAAAUACUAAAUUGGAUCAUUCAAAUGUUUAAUAAAUUUUUAAAAAUACUUAAAGCACAGAACUAUUGAGUAUUGUCAGAAAAUGUCCAUAAAAAACCUUUGUGUACAUUUUGUGUUUUAAACAUUGGACUUUUCCAGUUUUGUACUUAACUAAAACACUUAUGACAUUGUAAUCUCUUGUAAAGGGCUAUCAGUGACAUUUAUUCCAUUUUUAUGUUCCCAUAAGCAAAUGUCUAAUUGAUAUUGCCUAAUUUCAGCAGAAUCAAACAGUCCAAAACUGAGCACUACAGACAAACGACUUCUUCAAUGGCCAAAUCAGUUGAAAAAAAUAUCAGCUACACAGAGCGAGGAGUUUAUUUUGAAGUGCCACCUUGGACAGCAGUAAGUCUUUCUGGCAUUUAGAUAUUAAUGGUAAGGGAUAGAAAUAUAUAUGGAGAUACAUUGGACACCAAGUGCCUUGUUUGUUGGCAAGUUGCUUUCUACGUAUUCUUUGCCACCCCACCCACCCAAAAACCUAUAUAUUAUGUUCAGGUAAUACGAAGUAGUUUUUUGUUCUGUGCAUUUCAUGUAAAGCGCUCGGUGUGAAGCUACCAUAUGUGAGAUAUUUCUGUUCACUGUAGCUUAUGGGAAACUCUGUAGGUGCCUGUCAUGUGAUUCCAAGUAAACCUUCAAGUCAAAAUGUAUAGUAGAAUAUGCAAACUGGCCUCAGCCAAGAGGUUGUAACAAUGGCUCAAUAUUUUAGCAGCACUGCGCUAGAGUUUAAUUAACCUACUGGACAACAGGCGAUCUCCUUUCUUUCAAGAGGUCAUGAGAUACAGCUAGAGUAGGGUCUGAUAACAUAGGACAUAUAUACAGGACUUUUUUCCUGGGGGGGACGCAUACCACUGAACAUUUUGUGACUCUAAGUGUGGUCUCAUUGAGGGGCAGUAUUUCAAUAUGAGUAGGAAAAUGAGAGUACCCCUAAACGUUUUUUUUAGAAAAAAGCACUGUGUGUGUAGUAGUAGUAGUACAUAUAAUAAAAAAACAGCUUUCUAAUGAAAUUGACAGUAGCUGUGUAGUGAUGUGCCAAAAUCUAGCCUCCAUUUUUUAAAAAAAGUUUGCUUCCUCUGAGAAAGAGGCUUCCAUUUGUCUGCCUCAUUCUCAGGAUGAUUACAAAUGUCCUCGGCCACUUCAGCGGUGAGGUAAGCGUAACAAUAAAACCCUGCACCCCCAUGUGACAAUUCACCAAAAUGUUCUCUCCUUUUUAUAAUCUUUGAGUGCAAUUUCUUUUUCGUUCAUUGACCAGACAGUGAUGAAGCAAAAACAAAACAAAAAAGUAGGAUAAAUUCUUAGCACAGCACUAACUGUUUGCAAGUGUAGAGGCAUCCGUUCAUUGCAGUGAGUCUGGUGUAUUGCACUAAAUAUAAAUUUGGUCCUUGCUGGGUCAACAACCAAAAUAUAAUUAUGAAUGUGCUUGAAUAUUCCUUUAUGCAUUUCCCCCCCAGAAUUAUCUUCAGUUGAGCAAUAGUUCCACUGCAAAAGGUUUGAGGAGAGUGUUGUCAGUGACGACACAAGGGUCACCGAAGCAUGUCACCAAACCCAGUGCUUCAUAUUUUCUGAAAACUCCAUAUGCUAGACUUGGGUGGUGAGUUCUGAUUUCUCCAUUCUGUUUUUGUCUGAUAGAUCAGCUUGUAUGGACCCAAUACUAUUGCCUGGAUGCUUAUGCUACCUGCAUGUAAUAAUUAUGCAGGGAAAUUAUCUUGUUGGGAGGGGGGGGAACCCAAGCCAUUUUAUUUGCAAUUUAAAGGCAUGUAAUCCUGUCGAUACAGGAUUGGUAUAAUAAAAAAAUUAAAACAGAUUUUGUUUUGGAUCUCACCUUUCUUCAAGGCCACCACAGCAAUUACUCUUUUCUAUAGACAAUUGAAAAUCUGCAAAUGAAAAUGUGGAAGUUUUAAACAAAUGUAAACCAAAAGAGUAAUUGGAAUUAUUUCACUCAAUAUGCAGGGCGUUGAUUUCUGCUGACCUAAACCAGGAUGGCUACGAUGACCUGGUAGCAGGAGCGCCAGGAUACAGCCGGCUGGGACACAUUCAGAUAGGCCGUGUAUAUAUUGUUUAUGGUAACGAAUCAGGUUUGCCUCAUGCAAACUUGGACCUAGACCAGGAAGCAGAUUGCAUUCUGGAGGUGAAUAAGGUAGGAAAACAAGUCACACAUUGGUCAUUGAAAACAUUUUGCUUGUGUUUCCGGUCAUCUGAAAGACUGAUGGCAUCUUCUUUUCUACUAGCAAUGCCAUUAACUUCAUUUCUAAAAUAAUCACUUAAAGAUAAAAGUCCAUUGUGAAUAAAGAGCAUUGCUCGCUUAAAACUAUUAAGGACUCUUUACUGAUGAUCUAUAUUAGCUAAUUGAAAGUAGUAGGGUUUGGCCAUUCUCCUGAGUACUAGAUUUGCAUGGUGGAAUGGAGUGUUGAACUAGGAGCUGGGUUUAAAGUAUGUAUUUAAAAUACAGUCUUUUGUCACAAUUAAAAAAAAAAGCUAAGUAACAAACAAAAAAUCCAAAAAUGUUAAGCAAUUGUGCUGAACAUUAUAUGAGCAGGUAUUCCUUAAAAAGACAGAUACGUUUUUAAAAUGGGUGUUGGACUGCCAUAAUGAUGUAGGAUUCCUUCUUUUUAAGCCUUCAGCAAGGUUUGGUUCUGCUGUAGCAGUUCUAGAUUUCAACGAAGAUGGUGUGUUGGAUCUAGCAGUGGGAGCCCCAUCUGUAGGAUCACAGGAACUCAGUUACAGGGUAAGAAUCUCUGUGUGUGGCCUUUUUACAGUGUAAAAUGUUAGUGCAGGUUAGUAAAUAUGGGUGAUUCAUAAGAGAGGACGUUAGCAUGGCCCAAGUGAAAUAAAGCAGACAGAAUAGCAGAUGCAUCUGUUGGGAUUCAAGCCUUUAUCAGGAGAAACUGGCCACUCUCCAGGCACCCGGCUUGAUCUCCUGUUGACCUCCCUGUCUGCAUUCCCCAGCAGGAUCCAGGCAGAGGUCGCGAUAGGCGAUCCUUCUCAGCGUGAGAAGAACACGCCCCCUCUUUCCUGCCCCCCCUGGGCAGGGGAAAGAGAUAGACAGAAACGUAUUUACAUUCCUUUAUUUCUGUCUUUGCAGCGUUACAAAAAUCAUGUCUGCUCUCUUCAAGCUUCAGCAGUCGAGAGACCAAAACCUCCUGUACUUCCUGUACAGCUCAUAUUACACUCUGCACUGUGAAUUGACUGUCCCUCUGUUUCCCACGGAACAGUCCCAACAUUCCCAUUAUGUUUUGCUUUCAAGCUACCAGCUCGCGGCCGCAUUGCUUCUACAUCGUAACAUACAUCUGACUGACAAUCUUAGGACCAACCUGUUUUGUGAAUGCCAAUAUCUGUGACUCACAAUGUGAUUCUGUGAAUGAUUAGACUAGGCUAGAUUGCAGUUGUACAGUACACCUGGACGGACAGGUUCAUGCAAAGAUGAAAGGAUGAGGUGAAAUUGAUUUCUUUAAAAAAUUAAAUAAAUAUUCUGGAUUUGAUUCAUGCCCUAUUAAAAUUUUAUUUUCUGUUGAUCCAGGGCUCUGUAUAUGUAUUUUUUGGCAAUAGAGGACAAGGUUUCCACAGCCUACCAAAUGUCACCAUAGCUUGUCAAGUAAGUUUGCUGAUGAAAUGCAAUACAAACAUAUAAGAAAUUAAAUCUAGGUUUUCUCUAGAUCUAUCCAGAAAAAACAUACACGUGGAUUCUAUUAUCAUAAUAUAUUUAUUAUUGCUUUCAUUGGCACACAAUAUGUUAAAUCAAUGUCAUUGUGUGUACCAAUGUGUGCCAAUAACUGUUCCUGUAUUUUUAUGAAGCACUGUUAAGUACAAUGAUGUAAGAUUGAAGAAAAAGGAUUCUAUAUUUCCUCUGUGUGUACUAGGGCCACAUUUGGACGUAAUAAACCAUGAUAUGAAUGUAUCUUGCAUGAAUGAAAUUUGUGCAAGUGUAUGAGCAAACAAACAAGGAAUUCCUUGGUUAAUUAUAGUUUACUGAUCCAUCCAAAUUGAAAUUAUGCUUAAUGGCUUCAGAACAAGCCACCAUAUAUUGCCAACUUCAAACUAUGGCUCAAUAUCCUGGCUUGUUCUGAAGCUGUUAAUCAUAUUUACCUGCUUUAGAUCAGACAGGAAACUGUAGUUAACGGAAGACUUCCUCAUUUGCUUAUGUGGAAGGAGAAUCAAAGGGGUUGUUGAUGCAAUGAUAACACUUGUUCCUAUCUUGUCUUAAGCCAAGAUAUUGCCAUCCGAACAUGGCUUAGGUGUAGCCUUUUUCAUUCAGCCAUCCAAAGAAAUGUUGCAAAAACACUGUCCUGUGUGGCUCAUGUCAUUUCCUUGAGUCAUCUUGUAUUACUUACAUCAUGGACUGGGUGGUGUGAGAGGUUUUGUACUAGGGCUGCUUUACUGAAAUUUCAUUAUUGAUUCAGGAGCUAAACAAGAUGUCUUCCUUUCUUCUCCAAUUUUCACCAAGAUUGCCUUGGUGAAACACAACUCACUUGGCCCAUUUUAUACUCCAGGCAAUAGGGUCUAUAGUACAGACUUUCAAGAUUGACUGCUGUUAGUUCACACAAGAAAGAAAUAAAGAAAGAGAAAGAAAGAAAGAAAGAAAGAAAGAAAGAAAGAGAAAGAAAGAAAGAAAGAAAGAAAGAAAGAAAGAAAGAAAACAAACCACUCUCUUCCCCCGGUUUCUGACAUAAAAAAGCACCUUCCUGUACAGUGUCAGACACAGGCCUUGACUUGUGCUUGUCCUAGGCAGAAAGGAACUCCCAAAACUAUCUCCCUCUCCUACAUAUCAGCUCUGCCCUUGAGUUGUCCUCUUGCUCAGCCAUGGUUCUGCUCAGUGAUGAUUUACUGUUAGUUUUCUCUCAGGUUUAGAGAAACUAUUUAUCUGGAGCCUGCAGGUUCCUUGUCCUUCUGUCUCUAGUCUUCCUCCUCUCAGUUUAUAGCCGCUGCAGCACAAGCUCAGGGAGACUCUGAAAACUUAUUUGAGUUGGACAAGCAACUACUAGGCCCAACAGACUGUACUAGGUGGGCUCAGGCAUACAAAGCUUCCAGACAAAGGAUAGUGAGAUGCUAUGUAAUGCCCUGCCCUACUCCAGUAUUGCCAGACCUACUGAAAUCUCAGUUUCCUUUUGCAGGAAAUAUACUGUAACCUUGGCUGGUCACUGCUGGCAGCUGACCUUGAUGGCGAUGGAAACAAUGAUCUCGUAGUUGGUUCUCCUUACGCAGCUGGUGGUGGGAAACAAAGAGGAUUUGUGGCUUCGUUUUAUUCGUUUCUCAAUAGAAGCAGCCAAGGUGACCUUUUUUUUUUUGCUGGAAUUUAUUUCCGCUAUUUCAUAUGCUACUUUUUCUUGUGUCUUCUAUUAGCUCCCUUUCAAAUCCAUCGUAAGACAAAGCCACAGUAAUAGUCUAAAUCCUUCUCCAAGUUAUAUUGCUGGUAAUAAACACCGGACAAUGCUUUUAAUGCUAAAGGACCCUCAGCCUAAGAUCCAGUAUGAAUUCAUGCAGAAGGCUUUGUAUACCAUUCCAUAAUCUUCUGAGUCAAAACAGACUAGAGGGAGUUUUACAGUGCAACCCUAUGUAUUCCAACUCAGAAGUAUGUCUUACUAUGUAUUUACCCCCUGGUGAGCAUGUAUAGUGACUGCUGCAUCACUUGAUGAACUGCACUGACCCUGUCCUGUUAGCAUCAUUGCAGAGACAAUUUGAUCUGACUCAAGUUUCAACAUUAGUUUUCAUGUAUUAAAAAAUAGCAAGAAUUAUGAUCCAGGUAGUGCAGUAUGACUGAACAAACCAGAAGACCUUGAUCCUUUCAUAAAGUAUGUGAUAUGUACCAGAAACAUAUCCUCUGUUAUCCUCUGUUUCUUGUUUGGUCUAUCAGACCAGCUGUUCCUAACAGAUGCUGACUGGAUAGUAAAAGGAGAAAAGGAUUACGCGUGGUUUGGAUCAUCACUCAGCAGUGUCCAACUUCAAAAUACAACCUUGCUGCUUAUUGGCAGUCCUUCUUGGAAAAGCUGUAAAAGGUAUAUUGCACUUAAUUUUAGAAGUUUGUAUGUGAUCAUACCCAGCCUAACAUUGUGCACUUUUAAAUGUAAACUAACCCUAUGCAGUAGGUUAGUAUUAUUUCUAAAUGUGUACUGUUUUAAUACUUGUUCUGCUUAUUAGAGGUCGUUUCAAACAAGCCAAAUACCUCUCUUUUCCUAAUGCUCCCUGAUAAUGAUUUAUAGACCACUUUUCAAACACAGGUUUCACAGAGCAGUUUACAAUAUAUCCCAACCAUUAAAGAUAAUUGGUUAUGUGUCCAAUGUUAGAAUCAUACUCAAAGUAAACCCAUUUCAGUUUAUAGAAAUGACUAAGUCUGGUCCAUUGAUUUCAGUGAGUCUACUCUGAGUAUAACUUACCGUAUUUUUCGCUCUAUAAGACGCACCAGACCACAAGACGCACCUAGUUUUUGGAGGAGGAAAACAAGAAGAAAAAAAUUCUGAAUCUCAGAAGCCAGAACAGCAAGAGGGAUCGCUUUGCAGUGAAAGCAGCAAUCCCUUUUGCUGUUCUGGCUUCUGGGAUAGCUGCGCAGCCUGCAUUCGCUCCAUAAGACGCACACAUAUUUCCCCUUACUUUUUAGGAGGGAAAAAGUGAGUCUUAUAGAGCAAAAAAUACGGUAGUUGGAUGCAACCUAUAUAUGUAAAGCAGUAUUAAUCAACAUAAAGCCUGCAUGCUAUGUCUGGUCUGCCAUAGCUUUCCCCCGGUCUGCAUGGCCAUUUGUUGGCAUGUUAUGAUUUGUUUGCAAGCUGGAUAUUUGGGGGGGGGGGAGAGAGAAUUGGGGACAAUCUUCUUAUAACGAAACUCUCCAGUAUCUCUUUGGAAAAAUAAAUAAAACACAGAAAUAAAUAUUUGUUUAUGGUCCAUUUAGAGACUAACAAAGUUGGGUCAUAUGCACUACUACUUUGGGGAGAGAGUUCCAAAAAUAUGGGGCCACUACUGGAGAGGUCCUGAUCUUAUGCUCACCUGUCUGAUAAAUCUUGGGAAGAGGACAGUCUUAAGGCCUGAUCAGGGUCAUAUAGGUGUAGGCAUCCUUCCAAUUUAUGCAUUAAAGGUCGAUACCGGCAUUCUAAACUGGGUCCCGAAACAAAUAGACAGCCAAUGCAUUUGGUACAGCUAUGCUAUGAAUGCCUGGCCUCUUAAGCCUUCUAGCAGCUGCAAUGGCUGCUAGUUGGUGUUUCCAAAGUGGUUUUUAAAGGCAGCCCCAAGCAGAGAAAAUUACAGCGAUCUAGUCUGGAUAGAACUAAGGCAUAUGUAACUCAAGCAACACCCCUUCUUUAGCUACAGUGGCAGACCGUAAACCAGCCUAAACUGCCCCCAACGCCACUUAAAUCUCUAUAGAUAAUAUGGAGCCCAGGAGAAUCCCCAAACCAUUAAUUUGCUAUUCAAGGGGAAUGCAAUCCUGCAGAACUCUUGCAAUUAAAACUCGUUAUUUAAAUUAAGACGUCACGUUCAAAAUACUUUAGAUUCUGAACCAAGAAUAUUUUGCCGUGGUGGUGCUAUCUCUUGCAAUUACUUCUUCUUCUUUUUUAAUGUUCCUCAUAUUUCAACCAUCGUGUGCAGUAGUCUAAGCUGCUAUGUCUUACGAGAUACCAAGAUGACUGUUGGAAAGGUAUACGGCUAUAUCCCACCAAGCACGCAGAGCUGGUUUACCUUAACCGGAGAUAGGGUAGGUCUUUUUGGUACCUCUUGAAAUGACAAAUAGAAAAACAUGCAAGGAAGACUCCAGCCAUGGUGUCAACUUAUUAUUAUUAUUUGAUACACAGGAAAUGGGGAGACUUGGUUCAUCCUUGGCCACCGGCUUCCUUUCUGUAGAAGGAAUCCCCAGGCAAGUGUUGGUAGUUGGUGCACCAUCACAAGGUAUGCAGUACUGUCCUUGAGUCAGUUUUUUCUUUGCAGUGGUUUUACUUCUGCAAUACACCAACAAGACUGAUCAAUUGUUUAAAAGUUAAAUAGGUGCUUGGAGUCAAUCAUCAUGGGAAUUGCAGAGCAGGGAAGGUUUAACCAGCAGAGAAAAGAGGACUAGGAGAGAAAGAGACCUCUGAUUCUACCCACUGCCAUUUCUGGGCCAGUCUGCUGCUGAAAGAUUACUCCAAGAGAAUCCUGCUCUUGACAGGGGGUGGGGAAAAUCCUGGUUGCUCUCCUAUUUUCAAAGCUUUAAGGACUGGAUGUUGGCAGUUCUGAAACACAGCAUGUAUGUAGCAUCCAACCCCAAACGGAGGAACAUCAUGGUUUAGCAGAGCAGCAGGUCACAGCUGAGUCUGCAGUUCUGCUGCUCACACCAGCUGUUUCAGAAUGUAGAGGGACAACAGUGUCGCACAGGACUUGUGUUGACUUCAAGCUGGGGCUGCAGAGGAAGAAUCUUCCCUUGCAGCCUAGACUUGACAGGGCUUCAAAGGCAACAUUGGGUUGUCGUGCAGGGUGACAGAAAUAAAGUGCCAAAUUCAAAAAGCACCCAGAAUUCUACCUGUAAAGGAAAAACCAAGGGUUCUUGCAGCAGCUGCAACUUGAGGUUUCCCACACCUGUUAUUCAUAUAUGUCUGUCUUUUUGGGUCAACAAAAUCCUAUAUGAGGGAAAGUCAAUUUUCUAUACACAUUUGCUUUCAGAUAAUUACACUAGAGCAGGUGAUGAAUAGGAUUCUGUGGUGUCGCAUACUUAACAUAAAGGGUGAUCCAGUCAACUGUCUUCAAAAUGUGUAUGGCAAGCAUAGGCAAACUCUGGCCCUUCAGAUGUUUGGGACUACAAUUCCCAUCAUCCCUGAACACUGGUCCUGUUAGCUAGGGAUGAUGGGAAUUGUAGUCCCAAACAUCUGGAGGGCCAGAGUUUGCCUAUGCCUGGUGUACAGGAAUCCUCUCUUGCUAUGGGAGGGCCACAUAUUCCCCCUUGGGAGGGCCAAUAUGCCCAAUGUCAUGUGAAAGUGAAGACUAUAUUGGGUUGGGUUUAGUAUGUAACAAACUUCUCUGCAGCGAGUCAGACCAUUGAUUCACCUUGUCCAUGACUUAGUUUUAAAACUCUCCUGAGUCUUGUUCAGCCCUGCUUCCUGAACUCCUUUAAUGUAGGUGAUCUCAGGCAUACAGAACCUUCACUUUCUCAGUGAGCUAUAGCUCCACUGCUGCCUCCAGAUGAAGAAAUAUCUAUGUUGGAUUGAGAAUGUUGCUGACAUUAUGAUUUUGAGAGUGGACCCUUUGUUGUCAUUGUGAAGUUAAUGUGUAAUUUCACAAAAUGGAGAUGACGGAGCCAAAGUUUCCUUGCUGUUAAUUCCGGUUAUAACCUGCCGUAGACAGUGCCCAUCUGUUAAUGCCAAUUAUCGUUGCCAUCUCCCAGGAACAGCAAUGUGACCCCCGUCAUCUUGCUUGGCUUCUUUCAGACAGCACAUCUAGGAUUGCAUUUAUAAGCUCAGUGCUGCACCAAGCAGGAACUGCUUUGAUGUAUGAUUUGACGGACCCUGCCAAGCCAUUUCUGCUGAGCACUUUCAGCGGGGACAGGAGAUUUUCACGCUUCGGAGGAGAUGUGCACCUGCGUGACCUAAACAAUGAUGGACUUGGUAAAAACGGAAUCCUCAUAAUCAGUAUCGUAUUUCAUUUGUGAAGCACCUAAAAUUACUAGAUGUUGUGAGAUGUGAUAUAUAUAUGUUGUUGUUGUUUAGUCGUGUCCGACUCUUCGUGACCCCAUGGACCAGAGCACACCAGGCACUCCUGUCUUCCACUGCCUCCCGCAGUUUGGUCAAACUCAUGCUGGUAGCUUCGAGAACACUGUCCAACCAUCGAUACACACACACACACACACACACACACACACACAAAAGAACAGGAAGGGUGAAAUAAGGGGACAAAGAGGAAGUGUGAAACUGUCGCGAAUUCCUCGUGGCGCUUUUUAGCGAAACGCUCAGAGUCCCAGGUUUCUUUUCAGUGCAGUCUUUUUAAUGUGAGCUAUAUACAAGUAUUUACAAAAACAGUCCAUACAGAGUACCUGCUCCUUAAGGCAAACGAAUACUCUCCACCACAGCACCACCACACCACAGCACAACCACCAUUACUGUUGAACAGGCUUUCCUUUUAAAACAGGUGAUAGCCAAUCACAUUCCUGCUGAGUCACUCUGACCCAGCACUUCACAGAGUAUUGCAUCAGCCUGUUGAAGCCUGCAGACUUACUCAUCAUCCUGCGAAUCGCAACAGAAACAAUAAAUUCUGAACCAAGAAUUUUAACAGCCUUAUGCAUAUAUAGAAGGAAAGGCUAGAUCGAACAAAUGAGCUUGAUUUAGAAAAAAGUGAAGAAAAAGGGAAAGCAGCAGAGAAAUCCAAACAAAGAGGCCAAAAUACAAGUGUACUUGCAAGCCUGGGCCAGCACCAAGAAUUGUAGGGUCAAAAGAUGCUCCAAGCACUCUAGUGGGGAACAUUAAAUGGGUGAUCUCAGACAGAAAUUCUAAAGAAGAUCAGAAGUCUAGCAAGGGUAGUGAACUCACAGCCCUUGAGCCUGACUAGGUCCCCCAUGCAUAUAUUUUUUUACCCACAAAUCCAAAAAUUUUGGUGGUGGCAGCAAAAUGGCUGGGGUGGGCUGGGGAGUUGGAAGGAUGCUGGGGUUUGAAUUUCUCUGCCAGGACCAGCAUCCUGAUGGGGAUGCAAAUUGCCUCUUUUUUCAUCCUAUUGGAUGAGUGUGAACAAAGUGGCAACCUCAAUCCUCAGAUGAUCUGUUUGGAUCAACUGGGAUGGGGAGUGGGUGCUGUGUUCUGUGUCCGUGAUGUCUACGUAUGUACAAAAAUGUAUGUGGAGUGGCCAAAAACUAAGACGACUAAUGGGCCAAAAAACAUUAGUCACUCCUACAGUAAAGGGGGAGGGGGGAAUUAAGAGAGAGGAAGAUAAACGCAUAUUCACCUGUUUGUGGCUUGUUGUCUGUAAUAUUGUCUGUGGACCAAGGCCUGCUUCACAUGCAAUAUGGAGCAAUAGUUUCCAUUGCUCAUUGCAUUUGUCUGUGGCAGACACCAUACCACUUACAAAUGCCUGAACAGAGAAAAUCCAAAAACACAUUGGCGCUAGGUAUGCCUAUUUUACACCAGGCGUAUUAUUUGUGUCACCAUGGUGUUUGUCAUGGAGCAACAUGGGUUUGGAUCCAGCGGAGCCAUAGUGGAAGCAGAAGACACAAAGCAGGCUUGUAUAUGUCUGGUAAUUGUGUUCCCAAGUUUGUGUAUGCCUGCGUCCAACGAAGUCUUUAAAGGCCAAAGCUUUUGCACAGGGAUAUCCAGUGCAAGUUAGUUUUUGUCUCGGUGUACAAUGUGAUAUAUUUCCCCCUGCUGCGAAUUUUUGCAGAUGAGAUCAUUGUGACCUCACCUCUUCGAGCAAAAGACAUCUUAUCUGGGCUGUUUGGAGGAGAGGCUGCACGUGUUUACAUAUUUAGUGGAAACCAGACCACCUCUGGACAUGUGACAGACAACUGCAAAUCAUGGACUUCGCCUUGUCCUGAAGACUGGGUAAUGCUACAGCAAAUGCUAUAGGUCUUUGUGGUGUUGUCUGCUUUGGUAUAUAAACAAAAGUACAGAGGUACCUCUGGUUACGAACUUAAUUCGUUCUGGAGGUCGGUUCUUAAGCUAAAACCGUUCUUAUCCUGAGGCACGCUUUUGCUAAUGGGCCUCCCGCUGCGUGCGCAUUGGAGGCACACGAUUUCCGUUCACAUCCUGGUGCAAAGUUUGCAACCAGGAGCAGCUACUUCCAGGUUAGUGGAACGCAGAACCUGCAGCAUUCGUAACCAGAAGUGUUCGUAACCAGAGCUACCACUGUAAUAAGUGUUUGCAUUUGAAAACUCUUCGUGUUUCUCCUGCUCAGCAGUUUAUGAAUAUCUGCAUCAUAGUAGUUGACUUCUGUGUUUUUAUAUUGAAAUAAUUCUCAGUGGAGCAAACGCUAGAUACCAUACAUUUAAUUGAUUUAUCCACCUUUAAAAACCAAUGUAAAAGUGAUUCUCUCUCUUUUUUCUGUUCCAGGCCCAGUAUGUCAUCAUUUCUCCCGAGGUGAGCAACCAAACUCUGAAAGGAUAAAUUGUUGCUUGGGCUAAAUAAAUUGUGGGUAGAAUUAAUGGCUAACAAUUGGGUCCUUAAUGCAUUUUAACCAGUUUUAACCAUUAAAACUGGAACCAUGUGAACAACAAACUUCCUUGGUGGGUUCAAAACACAGCUGAAUUGAUUCAUGAAGGAUAUCUUGCAAUUUCUAUUUCUGACUCAAUGGGGUCAGGAAGGAUCUUCAUCUGAAGAAGAUUACAAUGUCACAAUUAGGGACAGGAUGCUAAAUGGUUUGGAAACUGAACCAUCAUCCCAAAUUUCACUUGAGAAAACUUAGGGUCCAUUCCCAAGCACAUUUAUAUUUCACUGAAUUUCAAAGGAUCUGCGGCUAAGCAAACAUGGUUAGAUCAGGUUGAGCAUGAUAAGGUUAGCUGUAAAGUUUCCAAUUGACUGCAGACCUAAGCUAUUUUUCCUCUUGCUGUAUAUAGCAUAUGGUUUUCAUCAUUCACACAAAUGACAUGGAGCAGUUUGUUCAGUAGGUAUCUUUGCGUCCUGAACAAGGAUGCUCACAGCAUUGCACUUGGUUCUCUGGUUGUAGCAAACACUAGCUGGGAUUAUUGCACUGGGUGGUGGUGACCCUGCUUAUGGGAACUGAGUUGUGUUAAAGAUGAUCUUUGGUCUGUUAAUGAAAAUAACUAUAGUGAAGAAAGCAAGCAUUAACACUGUCAAACAGUGCAUAACCGUAGUUUUCUUGUUGCAGGAAAAAUCAAGAUUUGGGAGUGCUGUGAUCACACUAAAAUCUGGAGAAAAGGUAGGCAAACAAGCAGUGCUGGUUUUCACAAUCCCAUCUGCAGGGUGAAUCAUGGGCUACUUGUGAUAACUUGAGUGUUUCUCCUAUGCCAGCUGGGUAAGAGGCCAUGCCUUGCCUGCUUUUUUCCUGCAACACAACCAUAGGGAAGUAGCUUAGAACCAAGACGGUUCCACAACUUCCUUGAGACCACCCCAGUAUGGUGAAGGUGGGAAGCAUAAUCACUUGACUUCCUUAUGCAUGGUGCCCAGUUGUACACAGGGGUGAUCUGUUUUGCCCUGGCAAAAUGACCCGCUAAAAAAAGAAAAAAGUAAGGAACUGAAUUCUGCUGUAUUAAUGGAAACUUUCUGUCUUUGCAGACUGAAGUUGUAGUAGCAGCUGAGAGAAGCUCCCUAGAAGCUCGGCUAAGUGGCAGCCUUUUUCUCUACACCUUUUAA